AUCUGAAGACUUGUGGUUGCAUUUUGAGGCAAAACAAAAACAUUGUCGAACAACACUAUAAAAUGCGGGAAACUAUUUAUUGGUUAUUCUACAUUUAAUUGCACUAAUUAUAGUAUAACUGGAAAAUACAAUUUAUCAGCUGUUCAGCGUGAUGACGUUUAAUGUCUCCUACAAUGCCUGUAGUCCCAUUUAGCAACUUGUUAGCAACCGUCUUUUUCAAGAAACAUAACAGUUUGAAAAAAAUCACGAGUGGGGUGCAACUGGUGUGUUUUAUGUUGUAGAACAUAUCUCGAGCCUGUGUUAACCACGGACCUUAAUUUUAGGGGAUUUAAUCAAACUCCCAUUCAAAAAACCCACUGACUCCGGAAUGAUGGAACCGGAAAUGCUAAAAUGCUAACUCGCUUCCGGGGUUUUGCCUACAAAGUGACAUCAUAGUUCCCCCUUUCUACCUUUCUGCGCCCUCUAGUGGUAACUUUCUGAUCAAAGCCUUCAUGUAGGCCUUUUUGUUGAUUUAUUGUUUGUUUAUUUAUUUUUAAAAUAGCUUUUUCAAAUACCUUGACUUAUUCAGAUCAAGAAAUUGUAUCCUGGCUCUAAUUGAUAAUCGCAGUAGAAUCUAAGUUUAAGGUUUUGUAUUAUUUCCAGGGGUUAAUGACAGAGUAGGCUACUUGCAAAGUCUGAAUAAAGCCAAACAUAAUCACAGGUUUGUGAAGGCCAGGGGAGGAUAAAAUAUAGCACAUAUCCAGGUCAUUUCCAGCAAUAGUGCAUGCCCUUCUAAAAAUAAAUAAAUAAAUAAAAUAGUUCGCAUUGGGAGGAAAGAGGAACAGGACUGUCCUAUCUUGAGUUCAUUGCAGCUGUUUUACACUUAAUUUAUCUGACUGGUUGGCUUUUUACUGUAAAAUAUGUUUUUACCCAUUUUAUCAUAUUUUGCUCUGCUCUUAUGUCUCAAAAACUAUAAACCGCGUUUUUGGGAUUAUUAAUGCGUUCCGAGUCAGCUGACACCGAAAGCAACUGACGCCCAAAAAUGCGCUCUAGGUAGGCAGCUCACUGGUGUUUGAGACACGACCAGUGAACGCGUAAUCCACGCAAUGAUCUUGAGUGUUUGAGAGACCUUUGAAUAUCUGCAUCUCCGGUGAGAAGGACGGAAUAAACCGCUGUUUUACAGUCUCAGAUCUGUGUAGCUGGAAGAACAAAGAAUUAGUUUUAUAAUUUACUUCAGUCAUGCAAAAGCAACAUGUCACUGGAUAGGAGUUAAAUGAUGACCUCUGACCUUUUUGCUCCGCUCUCCCGCCACAGGCAGGGACGGCCCCGUCCUCCCAAGGUCCAAGUGCUCCUGGGUCCCCAGCCACCUCUAUUGUGGCACGAAUGGACAAUCAGGUCAUUGGAUAUAAAGACUUGGCCGCCAUUCCCAAAGACAAAGCCAUUCUUGAGGUGGAACGGCCAGAUCUGAUGGUGUACGAGCCGCAUUUCAAUAUCUCAGCCCUGGAUCAUGUGGGUCUUUCCAGAAGCAGAGAGAGAUCAAUGUCACCUCAUUCUAUCUCGCCCCCUCCUUCCCCUGAGAUAUUUGCCUCAAAAGAGUCAAAGGAGUGGUCAGAGCAGGGGUCGCCAGGAGGCUCCAACAUGGGCUCCACGGUGCAGCUCCGUAAAAUCAGCCCCGCCUCCAAAGGCCCCAUGCAGCACUUCCACAGGCCAGACAGUGGCACCAACAUCUAUAAGAAGCCACCAAUUUACAAACACGACGGACAGACGGGAACGUCUCAUAGUAAACAUGAUGUUAUCAUUGAGUCCUCCAAGUUCCCAGCAGCCCAGCCGCCUGAUCCCAACCAACCUUCAAAGAUAGAGACAGAGUACUGGCCCUGUCCACCCUCUCUAGCCACUAUGGAGAUCGAGAAGAAAGCAGCCAAACAGGGAAAAGAAAUGGAGGACGAUGAGUUUGAGGACCUGACAGAAGAUGCAAAGAGACUCCAGGAACAGGAACUUCAGAAGAUACCGUCCAACUUGGGCAAAUUGAUCCUGAAGGAGGAAAUUGAGAAAUCAGUGCUCAUUCGCAGAAAAACACGUUCCCUGCCAGAUGGGACAAACAUACAUUUGGGAUCAUCAGCCAGUGCUACUAAAUCCGCCUCUUUACCUCCUUGCAGUCGAACAGGUCUCACAAGGCUCCAGUCUGCAGACUUCACCUCCACAGACAAUGGAAAAGCAAAAACAGGUGUACAGAAUGGCGAUUCACAGAGUGGGAGAUUGGACAGAGGAAGCUCUCUUCCUAGUAUUCUGGAACAGAAGAUAUAUCCAUAUGAAAUGCUGGUUGUGACCCACAGAGGGCGCAGUAAGCUUCCUCCAGGUGUUGACAGGACCAGAUUAGAGCGGCAUCUGUCUCCAGAGGUAUUCCAGAGCUUAUUCGGAAUGUCCAUCGCAGAAUUUGAUUGCCUGUCACUAUGGAAACGGAACGACCUGAAGAAGAAAGUGUCCCUUUUCUAACAUUUGGACAUUUGGACUUGGACACUAACCCCCCGCGCCCUCCAGAGAUGCCAGUAAUAUCCACUCUAAUCUAAUGCGGAUGCUAUGCAGACAUUUGAAGAUAAGCACGGAAGAUGACGCCACAUCACAUUUCACUCACAUAUACAGCAGUCUCUGUACGUCUCUGGUGUACAUAAUAAAGACAGGAUGAAGGUUCUCAUAUCCCUACAGAAAAACCAGAUUAUUAGUAAUGGAAUAUCGAUUUCAUAAACUGCUCCAGCCGUUUCUUUACGCCUUACGUCUAUUUCAAAUUCUUAAAGUGCCCAGAGAUGUUUAUAAUAAUAGGCCUAUAUAUAUUUACACAAAGUUUAUUCGUAAACAUCGCCUUUUUUUUUAAUUGUCAUCACUAUUACACUAUAAACUUAAUUUAUUUUCUCCAUAACAUGUAUGGCACUGUACAUAUAUCAUGUCGUUUUUAUUAAUUCUUGGUGUUGAUAUGUAAAAGUUCAGUUUUAACAAUCACUAAAUGAACAUUUCUAUCAUCUAGCAAAAAUGCAAAAUGUUCAUAAUCAUUCAUUUAAAAAAUGCAUGGACACUAACGCUACAUAAUUGAUUCAGUUUUACAGAUAAAAGCACUGCGAUGUAUGACUUCUAUUCGUGCUAAUAGCAACAGUGUUAUAUUGUGGACUAAUAUGAAAUAUCUAUAGCUCAGGCUUGCUGGUAAGCUCUGGCUUUCGGUUCUUGUACACUGUUGGUGCUUCUUACAGUAGGUUGUAAUUACUGUCAACACUAGAAGUUCCACACAAAGCCACUUCAUUUACUAGGAUUUAAAAUGUCUAUUGUCGAUGCAUUCUUAUGUUUUUAUUGCCUUUAGUUCUUGGUCUCCAUUGCGGUGUCUUUUAAAACGGCAUAGGUGUUAUCAAAUCAUGCAUUGCACUCCAACGAUUAUGUGUCUGUCCAUAGUUCUGUGUUUCAUCAGCGUUUUUAGUAACGUGGUGUAAUGUUGAAAAAAUAAAAGCUUCAUGUUAGAA